AUGCUUCCUAGCUAUCGUUUUCAUUCUAUAUUCUUUGCAAUGUUAGCGUUAUUCGGUGUUCACUUGCAACAUCUUGCACCAUGGAGUUGCAUCAUUCGAAAUGGAUCACUUGACAUUCCUGCUAGAUUUAAACAUUUUGGCCAAUGUCCUACUAAUUCUAGUACUUGCCACUUCUAUUUAACAUACAAACUAACCCACACAUCCAUUUUUUUUCCACCUUUCAGUCAGUUUGCUUCUCCUUUCAUUGGCCAGGAAAAUCUUGUCGAAUUAAUGCCGAUUUUUGACUUAAAUCAUUCUGGUUCUCCAUCAUUCACUUCUAAUGUGUGCAAAUCUGUUCCAAACUGUUCCGUUAUUUUAAUACUGCAGUGGUUGGCUGAGGAUUUCAAAAGGAAUAUGAACAACUGCAAUGUGAAAAUGAAUGUUAAGGUAUUUGCCAUUUUUGCUGAUAAUGAAAUUGCAUGCCCAAUGAUCAUGCAAGUAAAUGAUGUUAUGUUAAGUCGAAUCCUCCUUGUUUGUCAGCCUCCAGAUAGAUGGGUAGAUGCAAAUGAUACAAACGCAUUAGCUACAGUUGACUUUUUCGCAAUGUUUAAGGAAGAUUUCCAUAAAUGCAAAAAGGGAAAGUUGACAAAGCAAUACUUUGGUGUGUUGAAAAGAAAGUGCAAAUAUUUGCAUAGUAGCAACAGUAAUUCAAACCCAAUUACAAAAGAGAAAGUAGGGCAUAAAAAUACGCAAGAAUAUGCACCAAAUUUUGUUGCUUUAUAUACCUUUGUACGUCUGCAUAAGAAGAAAUGUAAGACUUGCCUGUCAAUAAAAACAACUUUGCAUAUUUGUGAGAUAAGAUCAAGGAAGGAGAGUAGUAGCAACAGUAAUUCAAACCUAAUUACAAAAGACAAAGUAGGGCAUAAAAAUAUGCAAGAAUAUGCACCAAAUUUUGUUGCUUUUUAUAGCUUUGUACGUCUGCAGAAGAAGAAAUGUAAGACUUGCUUGUCAACAAAGACAACUUUGCAUAUUUGUGAGAUGAGAUCAAGGAAAGAGAGAAAAAUUUGUCUGCCACUCCGUUUUUGUGGCAGCGAGAUUCAAAAUAUGCAUCCUUCUUUAAAAAACGUUGUCUCACGCACAGAUGGUAAAAGGAUAGAUAGAAAAUAUGCAAACGCAUACGUGAGUAAAAGGGUAGAAGAAUGGGGAGGUAGGUAUCCAGUGUUUGCAUCACAAGUAGAUUUAGGCCAUACAUCCGUGAAUAGUGGGCUUAACUUAGAAAAUACCUAUAACUUUAAAAAAGAAAAUAAAUUAAUUUGUAUCAAUAUUUACACACUUGAAACUGUUUUUAAAUUCAAAAAUAUAUAUAUGUUCAAAAUAUUGUUUUAA